UAAUGUGGACUCGGACUACAAAGGUUUAUCAAAGCGUUACAGAGUCCCAGGACUAUGCUUUCAUCUGUAGAUCAUUUGAUCCAAAAAUCUAAUCCAUCACCUGGUGAAGCUCUUAACUCGGUGCUGAGGUGUUUAAUCUGUAACAUCUCAUUUUUGGAUGGUAACCUUUGAAGUAUCCAGCACCUCUGUGAGCGCGCCCACGAGUCCAGGACAGCACAGAGAGGAGAGUGUUAGUGCAGCGUUAUAGGUGCACCCGAACGGCUCCCUGUGACUCACACCUCCGCUACUUGUUGAGGGACGCUGCUGCUGUCACACGAAGCACCCGUGCGCACCUUUAUUUUCAAAUCCGCGUGCAUGCGUGCGCGCGCGCGCAGCAGGGCUGCUUCCUGCUCACUCGGCGGUGCUGGUGCAUGGAGGCGGCUGGGCUGGGCUCUGCUCGGCUUGUGUCCGGCGGAGUUGACGGAGUCAGCGCGGUGUCCCUGCUGCGGAUAUGUGGGAACGGGUUUAGGGCUGGGCUCGAUUCAGCCCUUAACCUUAUUCGGAGUCAUGCGGACGUUGGGUGUCUUCAAACUACCACCGAGCUGCAACAGGAACUCCGAAAUCCAGCACUCUGACGGGUUGUGACUCAGACCAAGAGCUCUGGACUAAUCUGUGCCAUGAAGACCAAGAAGUCUCAAGCAGUUAGGCCAAGCUCACCUGCCUGCCAACCAAAGUCUCGCUUCACCUUACGAAGUAGAAAGAAGAAGGAGAGGUUGAUCCGAGGCAAGCUUCGCAUCCGCUCCAUGCCUGGAGCGUUCCUAGUGCUUGGCGUGGUUGUGGUGGUUGUUGGCACUGCUCUGGCUGUGGCAGGAUACUGGCCCUAUCAGAUAUCAAGGUCGUCCAUCCUGGGAGCUGCAGAUGGGGAAAGCGCCUCUGAAUCACAGACUUCCGGCUGGAGUCUGGGACCCAAGGGCUUCCUGUCCACAGCCAGUCUCAUUCACAGUGAGAGGAUGAAGCUGUUGGGACCAGUCAUCAUGGGGGUGGGUCUCUUCAUCCUCAUAUGUGCCAACACUGUCCUGUAUGAAAACAGGGACAGAGAGACUCAGAUGCUGCUGGCCCAGAUGCGCAGUGUUAUCUGCUCCGUGUCUGCGGCUGUGCCUUCAGCUGACCUUAAAGAAAUAGCAGCAGCCAAUUCGAUGGCCAAACACUACCAGUGGGUUAGCAGUCUACCAGCUGCCCAUCUCAACAUUCUCUGUCUGCAGCAGCUGGCCACCUCUGAGCCCCUGCUCCAGAGCAGAAGCACCGUAGACCAGGGGCACAGCAUGGAGGGUUUCUACCAGCAAGCUGUUCUUCCGAUGGAAGGCCUCCACCACCAGGAGUCAAAGCCUCCGUGUUCCGCCAAAGCUUCCCUCUCCAGCUCAUGCAAUUCCAGUCAGACUGACUUUAAUGCACAGCUGGGUGCUAAAUGUGAAGAGAGAGCCAGCUGCAGUUCACACACUGGCCCACUUGUUAAGACCAAUGUGUGCCUGGUAUCUGCAGGCUCCAUGUCCACCUUAGGGGUGGAUGAAGUUGAUGUCCCAGCUGCUCAACCAAGGCGCUGCCACAGUAUGAGCUACAGGACUAACCCUUACACAAAGCGAACUGGUAGGUGUAUGGAGAGAGAGCACAUUCAGGCAAAUCAGCUUGAAGUCACUCGUAUGGAGGCGAGCUCACAGGUUUGUGUAAACGUUCUUGGACAGGUUGCCGAUUCUGCAGAGCAGACUCACCAAAGCUGGCCUCGGCUAGAUCUGGGCAAUGGCAGACGAUACCUGAAACUGGAGAACAAAGAAGACUCGGUGGAAAAACUGCUGGACCAGUUGGAGCACCAGUGCUCUCAGGGGGAUACAAGUUUUGGAUCUGGGCCUUUCCAGUGAUGGCUGCAAACCCAGAAUGGAAUAAUUAUAUCUCGAUUUGAUUUCUGUGCAGGGCAGAGAAUAACCGAGCCCAGGAAUAUUUGGAGUACGGCAUUUCUAUGAGCUCUUUCCCAAGCUUCAGUGGAGUAUUGAUACACAGCGUUUGCUUGGCUGGAUGUGGCAGAUGUUUUCUAUCAUUCAAGGAGAUGAACAAUAUACAUCCCCUACACUGAUGCAGCUGAGUGGAUCACAGUGUUUACUUCUGCUGUUUGGGUUGGCAGCAUUGCAAUAAAUCAACUUGUAUGUUGCCAAAAUGUGUUUGCCUGUUUCUGGAACACAGCAUGCACACAGUAAAAGGAGAGAGAGCAGGAAGAGAGACUGUUUACACUGUGCAGUCAGUUCAGAACCAAACUACUCGGACUCCGGAGUCCAUAAAGAGAAAUGCAACCAGUGUAUGAACAUGGGACUUUUUUCCCUAUUCCAAAUGCAAUGCAUGACAGUGAUGUACAAUAUGCAAUAUGUUGCAUCUCAAUUCUUAUGCAAGUGAUGUCAUUGUUGGUUUUAUAUGCAUAAGUAGUAACAAAUGGUUAUUCUGAUUUAAAACAACUUGGAUCUUAUUCUCGUGUGUGUGUGUGUGUAGAUAGGUGUAUACCCAUUUUCCUACAGAAUUGGUCAUGAUAACAUUGUGCCAAACAUCAGAAGACCAGCAGUGGCAGCCUGUACUUCAUGUUUGCUGUUCUUGUGUGUUACAUUAAGCACAUCACUGAUAGCUUUAAAAUGGACCUUUAAUGUUAAAAAACUGCAGCAAAGAGCCAACACCCGAUCCUGCAGCUGAUGACUGUUGACUAAUUUUCUGUUAUUUUAGCUAUUCCAUAAAAUGCAAAACAUAACAUUUUAAUUACAUGUGUCUUCAUUAAGGUUUGAUGUCUCGUUAUUUACCUUUUAGAGCAGUUCACAAACAUUUAAUAGUGGUUUAUAACCCACGUUAAUCCACAUUAACAUUUAGCAAUGGCUGCUUGGGACUAUAAGAUAUUUGUUAAAUGAUUGUGUAUGAAAGCAAAGUGCUACUAAUUUAGUAACUAGUCUGUCUGAUCAUUUGGUUAGUGUUUUUGUCAUGACUAAAAAUGGUGACCUAUGACAAUAAGAUCCAAGUUAACAAAAAGAUUAUUGAAGGAAGAAUUGUUUGUUGUGCUUCUCCUGGUGAAUGCAGUAUCAUCUUGUAAUGAAUACAGGGAUGCCCCCUUCUUCUGGUGUCCAGUCGACUCUUUCAUAGUGUGCCCAGUAUUUAUGAGGAGGGUGACCAAGCCCCCACACACCUUCCACUCUCGUCACAUCAUCCUUUGAUCAAUGGACUGAAUGGAUUGUGCGGACAAGGCAACCCUGCGACUCCACUUAGAUUUAGUAAGGUUGCUGUUACUGCAUACAGCUGGGUGUGUGUCAUAGAGGAAGAAGACGAUGAAUUGCAGUCUCCUGGGCGCUCCUUAUGUGCAGAUGUGCAGGGGCCAUCGCUCCAUGUUCCUUUGAAUCAACACUACUCUGCUUUUCUUUUUGUCUGUGCUGCCUGUUCUGUAUGCCACAUGUAUCUACAUGCAUACCAAGCAAUAUGUGCAGAACAACCACUGACUGCCUUGCCCUGUGCUGGACACCAAAUUAUAUAACAUUACCAUUCCCGUGUUAUAAAUAUAAGGCAAAGCAAAA